AUGCAACCGCUAAACCCCUUCCUUGCCGCCUUCUUCAAGAGCUCCGUCGUCGCGCAGUGCGCUCCGGUCCAUCACCACAUCCUGCUCGUACCUCUGACGGAUGUGCUCCUCACCUACAAGGAGACCGACAGCGGCUCCUCUGCCCAAGAGGUCAUCGCCUCUGAAGAGUUCCUGAGCAGCCAUGUCCUGCGCAUCCCGACCUCGAGCUCCAGCGCCGGCAAGGAGGCCACCCAGAACCUGCGCGACGUGAGGGGCAAGGCCAAACAGUUCUCGACGCUCAACGGGCGCACUGUUGUUAUCAAAGACUCUUUUGUGUACAGCAACAAAGGCUUCAAGGCUCUCGCCCAAGCUCAGCUCCUGAACGAUACGACCUGGUACCCUGACGUCUUCGAGCCGCGGCAAUGGCUGGUAUACUUUAUAUCGAAACCCUUGGUGGGCACCUGGGAGGAGGUCAAGAUUACCCCCGCGAUCCUCGUCCACGGCCUGGGCAGGAAGGCCGCGGCGGAACAAAGCAAGGCGCAAAACGGCGAGUCCGCCGAUGACGCCGUGCCGCGCAAAAAGGACAUCAAGACGUUCCAUGACCUCUUGAACAAUUUCCCCAUGAUUGCGCGCCAGAUGCAGUCAGGCCUGGAGAAGCUGUUCCUGGAGUUCACGGCCGUUUUCGAAAAGCCCCUGCCUCCUCCUCCUUCUGCGCCCAACAUACCCGACCCCCAGCCCGAGGGCCCGAUAAUGGCGGCAAUGAAAAGAGCCCGGUCCAACAGCUUCACAGGACGCAGUGGCCGGGACAGCCCGGACAGCCUCCCGGUGACCGAAGACUUUUACGCCGAAGAUGACGAGGACGUCAUGAGGGCAUCCCUGGAGACGGCCGUGACCACGGCCAUUGACUUAUUCCAAAGCGUGGACAAGCAGCAACUGUCUCUGCUCGGAGCUACCACCGACCUUACCGGGCCCCUCGUCGAGAAGCUCAUCGAACGAUACGUCACCGAGCACGUCCAUCACCUGCUAUUCCCCAAGCUUACAAGCUUGAAGCGGCCAGAGGACCUGGAACUGGAGGCAAAGAUUCGGCAAAUGGAGUUUGUCGACAUCUCACAGCUUGGCAUUGCCAUUGACGGCGGUCCAAGGGCGAAGCAUGACCUGCUCAUACAGCUCGGGCCAGUCGUGGAGGAGUUCAAAAAAAUUUCCAUCGCAAGGAGCCCCGUGGAGAUGAUGGACACACUCCUGACUACCAUGAAGACGGUGUCUCAACUAACGGACACGUCAAGACCGCACGAGAAUGGCGGCGAAGCCAGCUCCGAGAAGGCCAUAAUGACGGUCAACGCAGACACGCUGGUGUCGCUUCUGCUCUACGUCGUCAUUCGGUCGCAAGUCAAGAACCUGCAGGCGCGGCUCAUCUAUGUCCGCAACUUCAUCUUUGUCGAUGACGUCGACAGCGGCGAGAUGGGGUAUGCGCUCAGCACGUUUGAGGCUGUUUUGACAUACCUCACCAUGGAUUCGGCAGGGUUGCGCAAAGCGAGCAGGAAGAACAAGGCCCUGUGGGAAGCGACCAAGCAUGGAAACCUCAACGAGCUGAGAGACAUCAUGGAGCCGAGCACUUCCGCCGUCACAGACGACGAAGAAGCGGAAGGGGUGGAUGCCCGCCAAUCCUCACGAGCCAGUAGCCGGCCAUCGUUUACGUGGAGCUUCGCAAAUGGCUCUUCCCGCAGGUCUUCCCUUGCGCUCACCGCGUCGGAUCACUUCUCGCAUGGCUCAGGACUCAGCCAUGUGUUCCCGUUUCAGUCCAACGGCAGUUGUGAAGGAGAUUUCCCGCCUAUGAAACGGAUCAAGAGGGUUGCGAUGGACACGAGGAGCCUGUCGAGCGGAUCUGAAAUCUCGUUUCACUCACGCACAGGGAGUCUCGCGACACUAGGGAGUGCCCUUGAAGGUGAUGUGUCGGUGGAGAGGCUGGCUCAGACGAGCGACGCGUUUGGCGAGUCGAUAUUGAUGAUGGCGGUCCAGAACGAGCAGCCCGAAACCCUACGAUACCUCCUGUCACUCUCCGGAUACUACCCGCUGGAAGUGAUUUUAGAAGACAUGAACAACGAGGACACGACAUUGCUUUGCGCUGCUGUUCAACUGGGCAACGACGAGCUGAUCGAUAUGAUCCUUGAUCGCGUCAGCUCGCUUGCGACGCACGAACAGCUGGUCCGCUAUCUGUCGGAACAAGACAUAUGGGGUCGCAGCAUCGGCCACUACUUAUUCCACGCUCCAUCGUUGAUCACCCGGAUAGGCGGGCUGUUGCCGUGGCGGCAGCGAGAUAAGAAUGGGCGCACGCCACUGUUUGCGCUGUGCCGGUCCUACGAUCACGCUGACUACUUCGACAUGGUGGAAACAGGGCUUCGCGUCGCACGCGAGGCGCAGGGCGACAAGCAGCCACUGCACGUCGACGAGCACGUCGACGGGAAGGGCAACACGCUUCUGCAUAUCAUCAACGACCCCAGGCUGGCCAUGAGGAUCUUGCACUACUGCGACGUCGACGUUAACGCCACAAACGAGAAGAGAUUUACGGCGUUAAUGGUGGCCAGCAAGUACGGCCGGUAUGACAUGGUGCGGUGUCUCUUUGCCGACCCGCGAGUUGAUGUGGCGGCGAGGGAGGUUCGCGGACUCACAGCGGUUGAGCUGGCCAAGGAUGACGACGUGCGCAACAAGAUCGACGACUUGGGAUUGUUCAGCAUGCCGGUUGGGAGGGACGGCCGAAUUACCGGAGUUGUGCGUGCAUUCUUCGUCGAGGACGGGAGCGUCCGCCUCGUCUUGAAGUCCGCGGCACCUACGGACCACGACAGCUACACGGUGACUACCAGCCGACGCUCGCUCAGCGACUUCGAGCAGCUGGCGCACCUGUUGACUCUCGAGCACCCGGCCUCUUGGAUCCCGUCAAUGUCAGAUACGCGCUCGCCCUUUCAGUUACCGACGAAGCCGUCGCGGUCGCUUCUGCGCGACAUACAAGCCAAGACAGACUGGUUCCUGAGGAUCAUGCUUGGCCAUCCUACUCUGGGCACACACGAAAUGCUGUGGGAGUUCUUCCUGGUGCCGGAGCUGCAGCUGGACGCGAUGGAGGCGCGUACCAAGCUCAAGGUAGAAAUGAAGGCCGAGAAGAUCAAAGACGAGUACGAGCCCGUGGAGGAUGUCAGAGAGGUGGAGCAGUUUGCCAACCAUGCCCGGGAAAUGGUGAGGAGCGUGAGCUACUCAACCAAGAGCGUCGCGCGGCGCGCAAACGGUCUCGGGCAAACCUCUUCUGAUUUGUACGACUCCAUGGUACUGCUCCACCGCCAGGUGGCGGCCGUCGAGUUCAUGCCGUCGUCGCACGUCAGAGCGUUGGAAGUGUACGUCAGGGGCAUGGCUCCCAUGCAGUCUAGCCCUCAGAUGACGCUUCACACGACGCUGCUAGCGAUACAGUCGACUGUGCAGGCCCUGCUGUCUUCCCUGGGGCGGCCAGCGACCCUCAUCAGCCAGAUAGGUGCGGCGAGGCGAGAAGCGGACAGAAACGAAAGCUCAGCUGGAAGGUCAUCGCGAUGGCCGCUGGGCCUGCUAGACGAGACGAGACAGCGGAUGCAGGACGGCAGGGAGCAGCGGGCGAAGCAAUCGCGGCAAGAGGCCGAGUACCUCUGCCGGGAGCUGCGGUACACGCAGCAGACUGUCGCGAGCGAGCUGGCUGGGUGGCAGGAUAUGCACGAGACCAUGGGCAGGCGAGCCCUCCGAGAAUUCGCCCGGUGCAUGGUGAUCCAGGAGCGGUCGAGGCUGGACGGCAUGAUGCGUGCGCUCCGAAAGGUGCGGUCGGCCGACGACGGGACCGGGGUGAGGCUACCUAGGGAUGCACGACAAUCAACGCUGUUCGCGGAGGCAGAUAGCGGGCUUUCCCGAGAGAACGGCGACGGGGCUGAAGGGGCCGAAUGA